AUGCUGCUCCUGUUGGGGCCGCUGUUUCUCAUCCUGGUAUGCGUCGGUUACCGGGUGUUUGUCAAGACCAAAAAGGCGCAGGCAGUUAAUCGGUUACGAGGCUUGUCGAGACGUAACUCACGACAGUCACGCGAUGGCACUCCUGUCCGAAUCGGUGACGAAGAAUUGCAGCAGCAGCCAGGCCCGGACGACGAGAGGAGAGACACGGCCGAGGAAGGUCAUCAGAGGGAAACGGAAAUCAACUGA